AUGUCAGCUUCGUGUGUCGUGUGUGGUAGUACCAAUCAUCUUUACCGCAAAGUCACCGUGGAUCUGUUUCGAUUUCCGUCGAAAGUCUUGAGCCCCGAGAAGAGAGCCGCUUGGGUAGCUGCUGUAAGGAGAGUGCACCCGGGCGGCUCGCUGUGGGAGCCGAGCGAGGAUUGCCAGAUCUGCAGCGCGCACUUCAUCACAGGACAGCCAUCGUGCUUCAGGGACCACCCCGACUUCGUGCCCUCCGUGUUCAACUACUCAAGAGCUCUCGGCGAGUCCGCAGUGCAGUCGCAAGACCCCUGCAAAGAGAGGCGCGAAGGAGAGGGAGCUGCACUUUUGGGAGAGACCAGCUGUCCACUGAAAGUCACCGAAAACAUCUCGUUUAGAUGCUGUUCCUGCACCUAUGUCACCAGUUAUCAGCAUUGGAUGUUGCGCCACCUGGUUGCCCAUGGCGAUGAACAAUGCGAGUACCAGCAUCCUCCCACGUCACCUGCCUCUAGAUCCCAAGUGCCCAGCAACACUCAAGAGCACAACAGUGAAAAGGUUUUUAAGUGCAAGCUGUGUCCUCGAGUCUUUGCUAAGAAUCGCCAACUGACCGUCCAUAAUCGAACACACAGUGGUAAAAGGCCUUUUAAGUGCAAGCUGUGCCCCCAAGCCUUUUUUGAGAAUUACCGUCUGAUCCGCCAUAAUCGAAUUCACACUGAUAAAAAGCCAUUUAAGUGCAAGCUGUGCUCUCAAGUCUUUGCUAAGAAAUGCCAACUGACCGUCCAUAAUCGAACACACAGUGGUAAAAAGCCUUUUAAGUGCAAGCUGUGUCCCCAGACUUUUUCCGAAAAUUACCAUUUGAUCCGCCAUAAUCAAAUACACGCUGGUGAGAUGUCAUUUCAGUGCAAGCUGUGUUCUCAAGUCUUUGCUAAAAAUUGCCAACUGACCGUCCAUAAUCGAACACACAGUGGUAAAAAGCCUUUUAAGUGCAAGCUGCGUAGGUAGCAGCUUGCGCUUAAAUGGCCUGUCACCACACAGUGGUGACAGGCCAUUUAAGUGCAAGCAGUGCCCCCAAGCCUUUUCUCAGAAUUACAUUCUGAUCUGCCAUAAUCGAACCCGCACGGGUGAAAAACCAUACAAGUGUAAGUUUUGUCCUCAGGCGUUUGCUCAGAAUUCCAGUCUGACCCACCAUAA